AUGGUCCGGACAACUUGGCGUGUUUUUAGUCCGCCCGACCCACCCUCAUAUUGUGACACACUCGUGUCCAAGCAGCAGGUGGAUCCACCCCGAUAUGAGCAAUCCGUGCCUAAACAGAUGAUUGGAAAACGAGGCAGAGACCCAUGGUCACCUGAUGAAAGACAAAGAAAACUACUCCUUACAUCCCCUCCGCCAGGCUCUCCCUCUCCCACUCCCACAGAAGUCAAUACACCGAGUGUUCUCUCCCUGUCACCGGCCUCAAUACGCCCAACCAACUUUACGCAUGCGUCCUCUCCCGACGACUUAGAUCACAACGGAAUUACGCGUAUUGCAUUUGAGCUUCGCGGGUUUUCCGAUGACCAGAUCCGCGAACUCAUUAUCAGGUCAGGACGGCAACAUCUACUGGCCAUGCCAGAACACACUGACCUACCAUCCGAGUUUGAGAAAGUCGGAUUUGCCAAUGUCGAGAUAAUCAAACAACACGUCGAUAAGAUGAUUGAACGCCGCCUCAAAUUACAUGUUAUCGACAUCGACAAGAUUGUCGAUCGUGCCUUGAGCGACUUUAGUCAUCACGAAGUCGAUAUUCUUGAACAGGUCCAGGCUGGUAACUCCGAGGUAAACAAUACGGCUAGUGAAUGUAUGGAGGAAAUGGACAAACAAGCGCAAAAGCACGUGAGAGAUAUGAAAGAACAAGCGCAACAGCAUGAGCUUGAUAUGGAAGAAAAAGUGGAACAGCGUUUGUGUGAUAUAGAAAUAGCAGAACAGCGCUUGAGUGAUAUGGAAAAAAUGGCGGAACAGCGCUUGCGUGAUAUCGAGAAGCAGGGAUUUGAGCUUGAGAACGAAUUCGGAAAGCUCAAGCGCUGGCUCAAUAUUCCUGCCCAGUCCCUACUUGAUGGCCAGCGGGGCACUGAGGCUAGACGCAUUUCCAUUUAG